AUGGACCAGUUGCUGUCGCUUCUGCCGCGGCUGUUUGAAGGAAAUGGAAACCUCGCUGGCCUGAUAUCUCUGGUCCCUUUUGGGAUUCUAUCGACAGUACUCGAAUCUCCCUACGGACCAGCACUGGUGGAAGUGCUCAACUCACAAGAUACCCUGCCAUUAGACUACUCAGAUCGACUACUAUCGUUAUUCCCCAUCCCACCAUUUGCCUAUACAGGAACUGGCAUUCUCAAGAUUGUUGUAAUGGCGCACAAUGUUGUGGGAAACAACAUUCCGCAGUAUGUUCUCGACAUGGUCAUGACUACUCAGUAUAACAUUUUCGGCAACUUCCCCAAGAAGGACGUCGACACGAUUCCUUGUGCCAUUUUCCUCGUCAUCAACUGUGUAUUGGCGCUGGCAAACUUCUACGUCUUUAUGCGCGGAAUUAUGCGGAAUCACAACUUCUAUCUUAUGUUCGGUCUUGGAUGGCAGUGCCUGUUCAACUGCUUGGGUUUCGGAAUGCGACUGGGAUGGGCCCAGGACAUUCUACAGUUAAGACUAGGCAUCGGGUCGACAGUGUUCAUCAUCUUAUCCAUUGUCACAAUCAACUUCAUGAACUUCCUACUAGCACAUAGGAUCUUGACGUUUCGACAUCCAGAAACAGGUGAUGCAACUUGGUUUGGAAUGCUCAUGAUCCUCAUUUACCUGGCAUUCUGCGGGGUACUCCUCAUGGCUAUUGUCACUCAAAUCGUCAUCUUCUCGUACUUCCUCGACUACAUGCACUGGAGACAGGCUACUUCUGGAAUGCAGGCAUCCAGUAUCCUGAUUGUACUGUUUUCGGCAGGAGGAGUGCUCAUCAUAAUCGCAGCUUAUAUCAUCCCCCGAGGAGCUAUUCCUCUCCAUCACAAGAGCCGUCUCCGACUUUCAGCAUCAAACAUUGAGUCGUAUGGCCUGUUCUACUUCCCUCCGAAACAUUCCCAGGUGGUUCAAUAUAAGUCAGACCCUGCCAUGAAGCUCGAUUCCGGCCAGCUGGCUGCCAGAACUAUCAACGGCAGAGACUUACACACCUCAUCAAUCAUCGUCAUCUUCAGCUCGUUGAUCCUGGCGGGCUCAGCCGCAAUGAGAUGUGCCACCAUCAUGAUUGGAGACAGAUGGGAAAUGGAUGCCAAGUUCAUUUACAGUCAGACGGCAUUCUACAUUGGAUUUGGGGUAUUUGAGGUCAUUGUCAAUGUUAUCUUUCUCGUGUUUCGAAUCGAUCUCCGCUUCUACAUUCCCGACUGGCCUAAAAAGGGACGGGGAGGUAUCGUUGUCCAUAGAGACACAAAGGAGAUUGUCAAAGAGAUGGACGCAGAAGCAAGAGGCGACAAGCGGGACUUUGUGUUCAUCAAUGUCCCUACUCCUGCUCCCACUCAAGACUGGAUUCCUCCAGACGACUCCAACACUUAUGGAGAUCUCAAGGGUGAGACGCGAUCUUUUGAUUUCGACGACAAGGAGAAGUUGGCCAUUGUGGAAAUCAUGCCUGUACCUGGCGAUGAUACAGAUGUUCCCCAAACGCCAAUGGUGCCCGACAAGACAUACGUGUCCAUGCGCAGCAAGAGUCCCCAGAGCCUUGUUCCUUCGUAUGCUUCCCCAAGAACAUACGCAAACGGUCAGCAGCUGAAGAAUGGAGAAACUAUUGAUGGGUUUGUCAUGACCAGCAAGGACCCCGAACCUGCCAACGAGACCAUACCGGGAAACCCACCCACUCUAGCUGCAGCUACAAGACCCACUGUGAUCUCUCCACCACCUUCUGCCUCUACCCCGGCAACUCCAAUUCUGCCUGUGUUGGUCGAGACUGCCGAGAACGGGUCCAGUCAUCGCUCCUUCUCUCCACAGAGCCGAGAGGUACUUUCCAUGCCCUCGCCUAGUUAUUCAGACUACAACUACUAUGCUAGACCAUACGAAGAGCGACGCAGCGAGUUGUACGACGUAUAG